CUGAGCCCGGGAUAAACCUCCGGCUGCUGUGUGCGUUGGAUAGUCGCUUCCAUUACUGUACCGGGCUGCGGGCUAGGAUCCUUACCGCUAGGUAUUCAGUGUGAUCUACACCAUGGCUGAUGGGGAACAAGAUGGCCACAGGCCACACCGGCAGAAUCUGCAGGGCCUUCUUCAGAUGGCCAUCGAAGCAGGGACAGAGUCAGACUCUACUCCCCAAAUGGAGCCAAUGUCAGAGGAGAGGAGGCAGUGGCUCCAGCAAGCCAUGAAUAGUGCUUUUUCUGGCCAAGCUGAUGAGGUGAAGAUGAUUAAGGAAUGCCUACAGGAGUUAAGCAAUGAAACAAACAGUGGGGAGGAAGAAGAUGGAAAAGAGAGGGCACUGGAGCUUCUGGCUGACUUGUGUGAUAAUCUAGAUAAUGCCUCAGAUUUCUGCAAACUGGGUGGCAUGGAUCUCCUACUUUCUCGUUAUGUAAACUGCCCAGAAGCAGAGCUGCGCUGGAGAUGUGCUGACCUGAUUGGCAUAUGCAGCCAGAAUGUACCAUUUGUUCAGGAGAUGGCACUUCGCUCUGGAGCAGUGAAGAUUCUUUUGCAACUACUGGACCUUGACCCUAACGAUCAAGUCCGGAUAAAAGCCCUUUUUGCUAUUUCUUGCUUGGUACGGGAGCAAGAAGAAGGACUUACAGAUUUCCUGAAGCAAGAUGGCUUCUCUGUGUUAAUGCGAGCCAUGCAAAGUGAUGUUCAGAAACUGAAGAUCAAAUCUGCCUUCUUGCUGCAAAACCUUUUAAUGAGCCACCCAGAACACAAAGGAACCUUAUGCUCUAUGGGUAUGGUAACGCAGUUGGUUUCGUUGCUGCACACUGAUCAUAGCCCUUUCCAUGAACAUGUGUUGGGUGCACUUUGCAAUUUGGUGACAGAUUUCCCACAAGCUGUGUCUGAGUGUCAGGCCUUGGAAUUAGGAUUUGAAGAGUUUCUCAAAGAAAGAUGUCUGCUGCUAGAUAAAAAAGAAGAGUUUCAGGAAGAGUUGGAGUACUGCAAUCGUCUUCUAAGAAUCUGCUUCCAGAAUACUCCAGAAGACAGUAGUAUGGAUAGAUGAUAGAAAAUGCCAUUAUUAAAUGUCUGCCUCAUGGUGGGGCAAAAAACAAAAAAAAUACAGUGUUGGGAUUUGGAGUUAAAUCUCAGAUGUAUACAAUCUUUGUUUCAAAAGAGGGCUCUGGGAUUCUUUAUAUAUUUUUAAAUAAAAUAUUUAAUGUGUAAAAUUGUAAUAUUCCUUGCAGGUUGUUUAUGUAUUUGACCUUGUGGAAUUGAAGCAUUACAAAUGUUAAUGUUCAUGUGUUUCCUAUGAUUGGAAUACUAUAUCAUAAUUCAUACCUAUAUUAAAGCUGUGCAGUUUCCCUCUG